AGGAAACGCGUUUGAUUUCUGCGGGACGGGCCGGUAGUGAUCUUCUGCAGUCACAUUGAAGACGAAAAUCGCGGUCACAGGAUUACAAGGACCAGUGACCAAUCCUCCCCCUCCUCAUGACUUAUUCCGGAUGAUCAUUAAAGAUGUUUACCUCCAAGGUUGUUCCUCGUUUAAGUCUGAUCCUCAAAGCAACGUGUGGACUUCAAGCCCAUGGAGUCAUUCUGAACGGAUGUGCACGGCGGGCUCUUCCUGCGUACUGCUCCUCACUGACACAGAAACAGAGAAACUAUUCCACAGCAGCCGACAACACAUCCCCUCCGCGAUGGGUCCAACUUGAACCAGAAUUGGAGGAGGCUCUUGUGCCACGCAAGCUGUCAGUAAGUCCUCUGGAGAGCUGGCUCUCCCUGCGCUACUCCCUUCCCCCUGCACUGGAAUCUGCCCCGCCGCAGGAGGACGCGGGGCCUGUGGAGGAGAAGGUGCUGCCGCCAAUCGCUGUCCCUGUGUUAGAGGAGGGUGAGGGUUCAGCGACACCCCUUCAGUGUAAGAAUGUUUUGGAGAUCCGGCGACGGAUGAUGAACCGGCAUAAAUACAGGAAGCUGCAGAAAAGGACAAAGUUCUUGAGAAGGAGAGUGAUGGAGAGCAGGGGGAGGAGAAAGCAGAGACGAUUUGAGGAGGACCUGAAGAAGAUUUGGUCACGGGCUGGACUGAAGAAGGCUCCAGACGGAUGGAAUACACCUAAGCUCUUCCUUAAGCAGCAUGGAAACAGAAGGGACUGAACAACACAGACGGUUAUUUGAGCCUGUGCCACACACACACACACACACACACACACACACACACACACACACACACACUGCUGUUGAAACAAUCUACCCACUGUCAAUGCUUUGCAGCCGUAUUGGAGCCUGUCUCAGUGAUGACCACCUACUCAUGGUAUCACUAUUUUUCAGAAAGUGUACAUAAACUAAUAAAGACCUUUCUCUGUCAAA